UCACGUUCAAGGUACGUCUGGAAAAUGCGAUGGUCUUCCAUUCUGUUGUCUGCACUAAGUGUAGUAAUAAAUGCAAGUAUGUAUGUUAUGUGUUGCGUGUCGAAUGUUGUAUAUUUCAACGUAUCUUGAAAACAACUUAAUAUUGAUUUCUUGUUUUAAAUUAAUUUCUAUUGAUUUUAAAAUAAAAAUGUUUCAAAAAGUGGAAUAGCAAAUUUAUUGUAGAUUUGAAAAGACCAUUUUAAAAAAAAUGUAACAUCUAAUCUCAGUAUCAUCAUUUCUUAAUUAGGUCCUUGGGUUGGUUUCAACCCAGACACAGUGCCAAAUUACAUUUGGGGCAAUGCGAGGCAACCAGCAGACGUGGAUGAUCCAGUCGUCAGUGCGGUGUCAAAGACACUACAUAACCAGAAACGCGAAACCGCUGAAAUGAAGCUACAGAAUAUCAUCAACAGGCUGGAAAGCGCCAGGGACACAUACUUCAAAGUCUCGCCCUUGUUCGAUGGAGCUCGCUACUACUUAUCUCCUCCUUCGUUCUUCCUCAUCCGCAAGGAGGCCGACGCCGUCUGCAGGCUGAUCGGUGGCUACCUGGUGGAAGUGGACAGCGCCGUCGAGCACGAUUUCAUCAAAGCUUUCUUGAGUCAGUCACCGGGGUAUAAAUAUGUGCUGACCGGAGCGACGGACGAGGCCCUUGGGGGGAACUGGUUGAACGGCUACAGCAAUACGCCUGCGAGGUAUAUCAAAUGGGGUCACGGGGAACCGAAUGGUGGAACUGAUGAAAACUGCCUGUUUUUUUGGCAAGAGUUGGGUUUUGACAUCAAUGAUUGGGCAUGCUCUUCACAUAGGAAUACAUUAGAGUACGCUGGUGGAUUUCUAUGCGAAGUUCCUAUACCAGGCAUAUAAUUAAAACCCAAUUUUACGCCUUAAAACAUAUUUAUUUUUAAAAUUGAAAUUGAUUACGAUUACAUAUUUUAUGGUUUUAACGACAUAUUUAUAUAAGAAGAAAAAUAAAACAAAAUUAAUAUCACCCUU